AUGAUGGACACUCUACGGGCCAUGGGAUUGGGACACAACAUGAUGAAGUGGAUCACAACCAUAUAUGAUAAGCCUCACGCAACUAUCCGGGUGAACGGGGCCCUUACUUCCAGCUUCGAGAUCCGAGGUUCAUUUAUAGACAACAAAGACUGUGAAACAAUCAAUAAUACCUCACUUAGCAAUAUUCAGACUAAGGAAGAGAACAAUGGAAUCUGUAAACUAGUUUCACUUCAUGUUGACUUAAAUGAUGUGAAAAAAGCUGAGAAGGAAUCGGAAACAAUUAAAAGAUUGUCCAGUGACAGAACGAAAACGGAGAAGGUAUGUUUACUAAAGAGAAGAUACACAGGAAAUGACACUGAGAAAAAAUCUGAGAUGUUUGCCAGAGAGGCUCAAACGAAUGGAGUGGAUAUCCACAGCGAUAUUGAGAACAUGAUUGAAAUUAAGAAAUUUGUCCCAAAAACACAAACAAAUAUAAACAGGAAACUAUACAUUUGUCUAGAAUGUGGGAAAUGCUUUAGUGGGAAAUCUAGCUACACUGUGCAUCAAAGAAUACAUACAGGAGAGAAGCCGUUUACAUGUACUGAAUGUGGUAAAAGUUUCACUACUGGAUCGAACCUCACCACUCACAAGCGUGUCCAUACAGGGGAGAAGCCAUACAAGUGCCCGGACUGUGAUAAAAGCUUUAGCCAGAGCUCCAAACUUGUGAAGCACCAGAGAAUACAUACUGGAGAGAAACCUUAUGCCUGCUCUUAUUGUGGAAAACGUUUCAACUUGAGUUCAAAUCUUGCGGUACAUUUCAGGACUCAUACCGGAGAGAAACCCUACGUUUGUGGGGAAUGUGGUAAAAGUUUUAGUCAAAGUUCCGUUCUGAUUGUGCACCGAAGAAUCCAUGUCCGAGAGAGAAUAAAAAAUAAUAAUUUAAAUACUAGGAUUUUAGAAGAUGGAACGAUGAAAAAUAAAUCCACAUUGAUAAGGACUGCAGACAUAAAGAAACAAGCUAGUCCACCACAUACCAAACCGAGUGCUAAAAAUAAUCCUUUGCCAAACAGGCCAAUUGAUUGUGGUGUUGCUAGCAAUGUGUCUGAAAAUAUUAAUAUAGAAACAAACAAUGGUCCAAAAAUAAAAAGGACUCCCUAUAUUUGUUCAGAUUGUGGUAAAAGUUUUCCUGGUAAAUCAAGGUAUAUAGUUCAUCAGAGAACCCAUACAGGUGAAAAACCUUUCAUGUGCUCAGAUUGUGGGAAAUCUUUUAUAACAAGGUCAAACCUGAUCACCCACCAGAGGACUCAUACUGGCGAGAAACCAUAUAUAUGUACAGAAUGUGGAAGAGGAUUUAGCCAAAGUUCUAAGUUGGUUAAGCACUGCCGUAUUCACACAGGAGAAAAACCAUAUUCUUGCCAAGACUGUGGAAAGAGCUUUAGCCUGAGCUCAAAUCUUGCCGUUCACCAACGAACACACACCGGAGAAAAACCAUACAUUUGUGAUGAAUGUGGGAAAAGCUUUAAUCAAAGCUCAGUGCUCGUUAUACAUAAACGUAUACACUCAGGGGAGACACCGUACAGUUGCAAUGACUGUGGGCUCGGGUUCAGAGAUCGUGCCAAGCUUGGGAAACAUCAGCAAAUUCAUGACUGUUCAUAGUGUUCGAAUCCUCAGUAUUUUAAGAAGUAAAAUACAUUACAUUUGUCUAAUAUCUGGUACAAAAAAUGUUAUGUGCAAGUGGUCUGAUACAAAGCAAUUACAUUUUUCUGUUCAUCAAAAAAUCUACAGCAUUUGGCAUAUAUUGAUCAACAUGGUUGCAUGGCUCUAAACUACCAAGUUUAAUGAUCUCUUUGAAUAUUUCCCGGAGUACUAUGCUAUGAGUAAAACCAGUGUGCAUCAGUAUUUUAGAUUCCACCUUGUAUUGCAUGGAUGCAGCUCUGUUUAAAAAUAUAAAACCAUUAUUUUAAAUUAAUA